AUGAAUGGCUCUUCAUAUAUAUAUGAAGUUCAUGCAAAAUUCACUGUUUUCUUUUUCUUUCUGUUGAGUCUCUGCGGCGAUAUAACGGUCAGUGACACUUUCCUCGUUAGUAACAUCAAAGAGAAACGCAAUAGUUCGGUUAACCGCGGAUUAAAGUUCCACACUUUGAAGAAGGUUGGGCCUCUGUUCCAUCGCAAGAAACAGAGGAAAACCAUGAGAUGCAGCGUAGUCUCCAUGAAAGGCUCCGACUUUUCGUUUCCAAUGAUAAACAAGAAGACAUUCAAAUCCUCAGAACUCACCAAGAUUCUAAAGUCGCUUCCCGAUACUGCCUCCGCGUUUUCCUAUUUCAAAGAGGUAGCUCAGAGUCAGAGUCACACCACCGAGACUUGCAACUACAUCCUCGAAGCUUUGAGCGUCGAUGGUAAACUCCAGGAGAUGGCUUACGUCUUUGAUUUGAUGCAGAAACGAAUCAUAAAGAGAGACGCAACCACUUUCUUGACUAUCUUCAACUCUCUUUCUGUCAAAGGUGGGUUGCGGCAAGCGCCUUAUGCACUAACGAAGAUGCGAGACUCUGGUUUCCCUUUGAACGCGUAUUCAUACAACGGGCUGAUUCAUCUUCUCCUCAAGUCUAGGCUUUGUGUAGAGGCGAUGGAGGUUUACAGAAGCAUGAUCUUUAACGGUUUCAGCCCUAGCUUGCAGACUUACUCUUCCCUCAUGGUAGGACUAGGGAAAAGAAGAGACAUUGACUCUGUGAUGAGUCUGCUCAAAGAGAUGGAGACGCUGGGGCUAAAGCCUAACGUCUACACGUUCACGAUAUGUAUCCGUGUGCUCGGCAGAGCGGGGAAGAUUCACGAAGCGUAUGGUAUACUCAAGAGGAUGGAUGAGGAAGGGUGUGGACCCGAUGUGGUUACCUACACUGUCCUCAUCGACGCGCUUUGCACCGCAGGGAAGCUGGACUGCGCUAAGGAGGUUUUCUCCAAGAUGAAAACCGGAAGACAUAAACCGGACCGUGUGACUUACAUCACUUUGCUUGAUAGGUUUAGUGAUAGCAGAGAUUUGGAGUCGGUGAGGCGGUUUUGGAGCGAGAUGGAGAAGGAUGGGCAUGUCCCUGACGUUGUGACGUUCACUAUUCUAGUUGACGCUUUGUGCAAAGGUGGGAGGUUUAGUGAAGCGUUUGAGAUUUUAGAUGUGAUGAGGGAGAGAGGGAUCUCGCCGAAUCUUCACACUUACAACACGUUGAUCUGUGGUUUACUAAGAGUUCAUAAGUUAGACGAGGCGAUUGAGGUUUUUGAUAAUAUGGAGUCUUUUAGUGUUACCCCUACUGCAUACACCUACAUUGUUUUUAUUGAUUACUAUGGGAAGACCGGAGAUUCAGUCAGCGCUCUCGAGACUUUCGAGAGGAUGAAGAGCAAAGGAAUAGCUCCGAAUAUUGUGGCGUGUAACGCGUCUCUCUACAGUUUAGCUAAAGCGGGAAAGGAUAAAGAAGCGAAAGAAAUAUUCUACGGCCUUAAAAACAUUGGGCUUGCACCUGACUCGGUGACGUAUAACAUGAUGAUGAAAUGCUAUAGCAAGGUUGGGGAAGUAGACGAAGCUAUCAAGCUGAUGUCCGAGAUGCUGGAAAACGAGUGUGAGCCUGAUGUGAUCGUUGUCAACUCUCUGAUCAACACUCUUUACAAAGGUGAUAGAGUGGAAGAGGCGUGGGAGAUGUUCACGAGGAUGGAGGAGAUGAAGCUCAAGCCUACCGUUGUGACUUACAACACUCUCCUCUCGGGUUUGGGGAAGAACGGAAAGAUCCGAGAGGCGAUUGGGUUGUUUGAAGUGAUGGAGGAGAAAGGAUGUCCGCCUAACACGGUGACGUUCAACACUCUCUUGGACUGUCUUUGCAAAAACGACGAGGUGAUGGUGGCGUUGAAGAUGUUCUUCAAGAUGAGCUGUGUACCUGAUGUUUGUACUUACAACACUAUUAUAUACGGUUUGAUGAAGAAGGGUCGAGUUAAAGAUGCGAUGAGUUUCUUCCACCAGAUGAAGAAGCUUGUGGGGCCUGACUUUGUCACGCUAUGCACUCUUCUUCCGGGCGUUGUCAAGGCUGGUUUAAUCGAAGACGCUUACAAGAUCAUCUCCAGCUUUCUUCACAGCUCUGCAGACCAGCCGGCUAGUCUCUUCUGGGAGGACUUGAUGGGGUCUGUCUUGGCUGAAGGUGGGAUAGAGAACGCGGUUUUGUUUUCCGAGAGGUUGGUUGUUAAUGGAGUUUGUAGAGAUGGUGAAUCGAUCCUGGUGCCGAUGGUGAGAUACUGUUUGAAACAUGGUGAUAAUCCCUCAGGUGCUAGAAUGUUAUUCGAGAGAUUCACAAAGGAUCUUGGUGUUAAACCAAAACUUCCGGUUUAUAAUCUGCUCAUCGGUGGGCUUCUUGAAGCUGAUAUGAUUGAAGCAGCAGAGCGAUUGUUCCUAGAGAUGAAGAGUACUAGUUGCAUCCCUGAUGUUGCUACAUACAACUUCUUGCUUGAUGCUUACGGAAAAUCAGGAAAAUUGGAAGAACUAUUUGAGAUGUAUAAAGAGAUGUCUUCGCAUGAGUGUGUACCAAACACAAUCACUCACAACAUUGUCAUCUCCGGGCUAGUGAAAGCUGGAAACGUAGACGAGGCUCUUGAUUUAUACUAUGACCUUAUCAGUGACGAAGACUUCUCUCCGAGUGUUUGCACGUACGGUCCUCUCAUCGAUGGUCUUUCAAAGUCGGGGAGAUUGUAUGAAGCGAAGCAACUCUUUGAAGGGAUGUUGGACUAUGGAUGCAGCCCAAACUGUGCUAUCUACAACAUUCUCAUCAACGGGUUUGGCAAAGCGGGGGAGGCUGAUGCAGCUUGCAAGUUAUUCAAAAGGAUGGUUAGAGAAGGAGUGAGACCUGAUCUCAAGACUUACUCGGUUCUAGUGGAUUGUCUUUGUAUGGUAGGUAGAGUGGACGAAGCCUUGUGUUACUUCAAGGAGCUGAUGGAAUCUGGCUUGGACCCUGAUGUGGUGUGUUACAAUCUCAUAAUCAACGGACUAGGGAAGUCUCGGAGGCUUGAAGAAGCUCUUGAGCUUUACAAUGAGAUGAAGAGCAGCAGGGGGAUCACUCCUGAUCUGUACACUUACAACUCGUUGAUUCUGAAUCUUGGUAUCGCGGGGAUGGUGGAAGAAGCUGGGAAGGUUUAUGAUGAGAUACAGAGAGUGGGUCUUGAGCCAAACGUUUUUACGUUUAACGCGUUGAUCCGUGGAUACAGUUUGUCUGGAAAGCCUGAGCGUGCUUACGCUGUGUACCAAACGAUGGUGACUGGUGGUUUUAGUCCCAACACAGGAACAUAUGAACAGCUCCCGAAUAGAGCUUGACAAUUUUACACAGCUAACACAGUUAGAGAGCUCUACACUAAGUGAAGCAUCAUCUGCAGAAGAGUUUGUCAUGUAAAGUGUACAAAACAUAAGGUUCUGUAAAUGUCAUACUCCUGUUUCAAAAAUAUUCAUGUUUUAGAAAAAAAAUGUUUCAAAUGUA